CCUGACCACGAGCCAUGGAGAUCUUACCAGUACCACCAGGUUACCUUUCGUGAAAUCUCAGUCUCGGUGUGAAUCUUGAAGCGUGAUGUUCGUUCUUCCAUCGCGUGCAAUUAACCAAAAACCCCAUUCAAUUGCAUUGUACCACGUGAAGUCACUCAAGAGAAUAAUUUCAAAAUCAAGGUGAAUUUAGCUUCAUUUAUCGAUUUGUUGCUUUAGCAAUGUGUGUCAAUUUCUGGGGAAGUUUAUAGUUCCCAAUUUAUUAUUUUCCGAUGCUUUUACUGCAAGUAUUCUCUUUGUAUUUCCAAAGAACCUUCGCGAGUUUUUUAGCGUUUUUUUUUUUUAAUAUUUUUUGAGUGUUGGAGGAAAAAACGAAGCCGCGAAAAUAUUAAAACACUCCACUUGGUGGUUUGAUUAUAUAACAUUGUGUCUCUCGAAGCCAAUAUAUUGAGACCUCAGAGACAGACACUGCAAAUUUUGUCCAGACUGUCGUACUUUGACGAGCUUCUUCCUCACGAACUGUCCAACUGAAGCACGCGUUUCUCAAUAGUUCACUUCAGGGUAAAAAUUUGUGGUGUUUUUUCUGUGUUUAAAUUUUGUUUAAGAUCAAAUCUUCAGUAUUUGACCACUUGAAGACAUUUCGGCAAAAUUUAUGUGCCUAAAGAAGUGGAUAAAAUGUGAUUGUAAAGUGGGAAGUCUGUGGUAACUUAAGAGUUGCAUGGACUCGAGGCAAAAAGUGGAUUAUAUUGUCUUGGAAACCUCGAAAGAUUGAGUGCACUGGAAGAGAGAUUUUAAUUUACGGAUUUCAAUAAGUUUUAAACAUAUUUUCGUGUGAUGACAAAGUUCAGCGUGUGGAGUAAUCUGUGAUGUGCCUCAAACUGUGAGAUGAAGGAAGUGACUCGUGGGAUUUAAAAUGUGCCAGAGGAAGAAAAUGACAAAGAACUCCCUCGAAAUAGUCUUCUUUGCCAUAUUUUUCAUGCAAACUUUCGCUUGUGGCGAGAGUCGGAUAAUAACAGGCUCCUCGCCACUUGAUAAUCUCAUCAUCCGACCACUAUUUCACUCCUUUCGCAACAUGACCUUCCGCCUGGUUGGACAGACUGGCCUCAGAAAUACCGGAAGAUAUCUCCAGCAGCCACUAACGAAAUUUCCCUGCGACACCACAUUCGGACGUAGCGGAAAACCACCUACAAGUGUUCACAAACUUAGACCAGGGGACAUUGACAUUAUCGCAGCCAUGGGGGACUCACUGACGGCCGCCACAGGCGCCACAUCCACCAGCUUCAUGGAUCUCUUUAUGGAAAACCGUGGCCUGGCGUGGUGCAUAGGUGGCCAGUGGAAUUGGCAUAAUUCCACCACACUCCCCAAUAUCCUGCGUGCCUUCAAUCCCAACCUCUUUGGCUACUCCAUCGGGGACUCUUACCCAUUCCAUCGGGCCUCGCAGUUCAACGUGGCGGAAAUUGGGGCUGUUUCUGCGGAUUUGCCCUAUAUGGCCAGGACCCUUAUUCGCCGGAUAAAGUCCGAUAAGCGGGUGAACUUCAAGAAGCAUUGGAAAAUGCUCACAAUUAGUAUAGGUGGCAAUGAUAUUUGCUCUUUUGUAUGUACAUGGGAUGAUCCAGAGUCCCUUCCAAGGAAACAUCGGGUGAGCCUACUAAAAACCCUGCGGUACAUCCGUGACAAUAUGCCAAGAACAUUUGUGAAUAUUGUUUCCGUUCCAUCAGUGGACAAAGUUGUGGGAUUGAAGCCCAAGCCUGAACAGUGUCGUCUGAUGCAUCACAUUGAGUGCUCAUGCUGGGAGGGUAGACUGUACAAUCAGACAGACCAACUCCGUCGGAGACUACACAAUAUUCAGCAGGAGUUUAUUAAAGCCGAAGCUGAAGUUGCCCAAUAUGAUGAAUUUAAGGGAUUGCAGGAGUUUGCCGUUGUCUACCAACCAUUUAGUCUCAAUCUCUCAAUAAAGACAAAGGAUGAGAAAACUGACUACUCCCUCCUGGCAUUCGAUUGCUUUCACAUGAGUCAGAAAGCUCACGCAUGGGCAGGAACAUCCCUGUGGAACAACAUCAUGGAGCCAAUUCCGGAUAAAGCCGUCUCGUGGGAUUCUCCGUCUGUGAGAUUUAAAUGUCCAACCAAAGAAUUUCCCUAUAUUAGGACACAUGACAACUGAUAUUUCGUCACAGGAUGGACGAAAGGAGUGUUUAGAUCUUAAGGAUUUCCCUAAGUCUGGGUGGGAAUCGUGUUAAUUUAUUUAUGUGUUUUUUUUUUUUUUUGUAAAUGUAUGUGACUCUGAGGGGAGUAUUUUACAAGAAAGUGCAUUGAAAGAA